AUGUCGAAAUUGUUUAAGCCCAUGCGCGUGGGCUCCAUGACCCUUGGUCAUCGAAUAGCAAUGGCGCCAUUAACGCGGUAUCGCUGCGACGACGACUAUGUCCCGCUUCCCAUGGUUAAAGAGCACUAUGAGCAGAGAGCUGCAGUGCCCGGAACUCUCCUUAUUACUGAGGCUACGUUCAUCUCCAGAUCAUCGGUCGGUCGGGACAAUGGCCCUGGUAUCUACAAUGAGGCACAAAUUUCAAGGUGGAGGGAAAUUACAGACGCCGUGCACAAGAAGGGGUCUUUUAUCUACUGUCAGAUAUGGCAUCUUGGUCGAGCAGGAUGGCCAAGGAUUCACGAGGCCAGGGGUAAUAAGCUUAAAUCUUCUAGUGCCCUCCAGAUCAAUGAGACAACCGGCUUGCCAGAAGAGAUGACAGAAGAGGACAUAUGGGAGGUCAUUAACGACUUUGCAGCAGCCGCCAAGAACGCAGUGAAGGCAGGAUUCGACGGUGUCGAGUUACACGGCGCCAACGGGUACUUAAUCGACCAGUUCCUGCAAGACGUGUCCAACAAGCGAACCGAUGGCUGGGGUGGCAGCAUCGAAAAUCGCGCGAGGUUCGCGGUAGAGGCUACUAAGGCUGUUGUCGACGCUAUCGGAGCCGACAAGACCGCUAUUCGACUAAGUCCUUUCAGCGACUUUCAAAGCAUGGGCAUGGAAGACGCUGUCCUCUAUCCUCAGUUCGAGUAUCUCGCCCAGCAGUUGAAGCCUUUAAAUCUAUCUUAUCUCCACCUCGUCGAACCGCGCAUCUCAGGGAACACGGAGGCCGACUGUGGUGCAGGCCACAGCUUAGAUUUCUUGUUCAAGGUGUGGGAUAAUCAAACCCCUAUUAUGCUUGCCGGAGGGUAUGUGCCGGAGUCUGCGAUGAGGGCAGUUGAUGAGAAGUGGAAGGACUCUGAUGUUAUUAUUGCGUUCGGAAGGUACUUCAUCUCGAACCCGGACCUGGUCUUCAGAAUAAAGGAGGGCAUCAAAUUCGCAGAUUACGAUCGGUCAACGUUCUAUACCAAGAAAGCGGCGGAAGGGUACACCAAUCUCCCGUUUAGCGAACAGUACCGGGCUUUGUACGAGACGAAGGCGUAA